CGAAGCUUGUGGAUUGCUUGUGUGCGUGUGUGGGUGGGUGUGACAAACGUUGUGUCAUGCGAUGUCACACGGUCAUGUCACGCAUUGCAAUCAACGCCUGUCUCAUGCUUUGUCCUCCUCGUUGUUUCACUUUCCAUUUCCUCGACCCCGCAACUCCUCACCCCUGACAACUCACACUUGCACGACUUGUUCGUCUUGGUUGUUCAUUUUUCCCGGGCACACCCCUCCAACAACAGGACAACAAAACCAAGCCAAACACACAAGCGACCCACCGCCAAAGCGACCAAGCAAGCGACCCCACUCGCCAAGACCACAGCCAUGGCCGACAACGCAGACCUGGCAAAGCGCAAAGCCAACACCGAGGCCAAGCGGCGCUCGCGCCAGAGGAAGAAGGAGGAGAGGGAGCAGCUGUUGCGGGAGAACCAAGAGCUUGAGAGGACGCUGUCACAACGUCAGCAGCAAAUCGAGGCCGUCAAGCAGCAGCUCAUUCAACAGGGCGUCUCUGAAGACGACAUUCGCCGUGCCAUCGAGGGCGCUGCUCCAACCCCAACGCAGUAGUGAGCAUCCGAUGCUCCGUGUCUUAUGUCUUGUGACAUUUUGUUCAUGCAGUGCGUUUAUCCGCGUUCGUGCGUGCGUGCGUCUGGUCGGUUGUGUUCAUCUUGGCACACCCCAUGUGCGAUGCAUGUGUUAUUCCCACACCGCCUCUUGCCCCCCCCCCCCCAUUUUAACUGCCCUAUUUCAUCUUUCCGUUUCAUCGACCUUGCUGUCGUCACAAACACAACCCAGAAGCAAUGUGCCUUUGUUGACCCUCCCCGUCCUUCCUCUUCUCCGUCCUUCUCUCCCCACCUCUUUGUUGUGACAUAUCCUCGAAAUAAACUGACAUUCCCUCUG